AUUAUUUUACCCAAAAAAAUCAAAAUCCCGGUUGUUACUCCCUCUUCUUCUCAUCCUAAAUCCCCCAAAUAAAAUUUAGCUACUCUUUUGCUCAUUCAGAACUUUUAACUCCAUGCCCAUUGCCAUUUUUUCUACCUCAACCUCGAUUCUUAAACGCCCAAAUUUGGAACCCUACAUUUUUCUCUGCAGAACUUUUCUUAAUCCUUAUUCCGUCUUUGAUUUCGAGAAGCAUAAGUGCAAGCGUCCAGAUGGUAAACGCCACAGCCAUCGUUUCCGCCGAGUCCUCAUUCCAUCCCUGAGUCUUCAAUUGUUUUAACUAUUCCAAUCUCUGAGGCCAACUGUUUCAAUCUCUUCUAUCAAGUCUAUUUACCCUCUCUCCGAUCACUAUUAUGGAGGUGAUCAUCCGUGAUACGGAUCUACACUGGCUUCCCAUAAGGGCAUGGGCACCUCGUUCGCAAGGGCACCAGUGGCCGAUCUUCCGUCAGUGGCAUUAUAGCUACUGUUUUCGACGCUACUGGAUUCCUUGGUCGUUAUCUUAUACAACAACUGGCUAAAAUGGGAUCUCAGGUGUUAGUUCCCUUCAGAGGUUCCGAGGAUAACCCUCGUCAUCCCAAGUUGAUGGGAGAUUUAGGACAGAUACUGCCAAUGAAAUACGAUCCAAGGGAUGAAAAUUCAAUCAAGGCUGUGAUAGCAAAGGCUAAUGAAGAGAGUAUGAGACAAGAAACUUUAGCUUUGAGGAAGUGAACCAUUUCAUGGCAGAACAACUGGCGGUGGUUGCAUUUGUGGCUUUUGUCACGAGCACAAUUUUUUUAAGAACAAAACUGCAUCCGGUAGAUGAGAUUAAUGGCAACCUCUACCUCUCAUGCCUUUUCUUCGGGGUGGUCCAUAUGAUGUUUAAUGGAUUUUCUGAGCUAUCCCUUCUCAUAUUUCGGCUUCCAGUAUUUUACAAACAAAGAGAUAAUCUAUUUCAUCCUGCAUGGAUAUGGUCCAUCGUCAGUUGGAGUAUUCGUGUACCUUACUCUGCUAUUGAAGCUGUAGUAUGGUCUUCUGUUUUAUACUACACUGUUGGUUUUGCCCUUCCUGCUGGAAGAUUUUUCCGCUUCACGUUCACCCAAUUUGUAUUACACCAAAUGGCAGUUAGUCUAUUUCGAAUGUUGGCUUCCCUUGCUCGAGAUUUGGUCGUUGCAAAUACCUUUGGGUCAGCUUCACUUGUAUUUUUGUUGGGUGGAUUUGUUAUACCUAAAGGUAUGACCAAGGUGUUUAUUAGAGCCUGUUUUUGAGGUUUGAAAUCCUUAAGAUUUAUAUUUAUAUUUAUGUUCUGCAAUUUAUGUUGUCUGAAAGUUGUGAUUUAUGAUAUUCGAAUGAUGUAUUUUAAGUUGUUUGAAUGUGUUAAAGAGUUGAUUUAAUACAA